AGUUCAGCAGCACAUCGGCAUUGACCCAUUUAAUGUCUGUUGUUCGAUCCAAUACUCCUGGCUUGAACAAUUUAACAAAAAAAAAAUCAAUUAUUUGCAUUAGCAUUUGCAUUAUUUAUUUUCGUUAAAACCGCGUGUUCAGUGUGUAAUUGUGUGGCAUUUUAUUGUUUAUUCAAUUUGCAACGUCAUGACAAUGUUGACCGCUGCAGCUGCCAUGCACUGCCUGCCCAAAUCGGCGGUGGCAGAGGCCCCCGCCUUUCGGGCCAAAGCCCCCUUCUCGGGAGUGCCAACGAUGUUGUCGGAUAUCGAUCAGCUGCCCCAGAUCCAGAUGGGCGAGUUCAUCCUCCAGUUCGAGCUGGGUGAGCCCACGGCCCAUGGCAAGGAGGUGGCCAUAAAGGAGCUGCGGGAAACCCCAGAGCGUCAAAAGGAAGCCACCAAGGAGCUAGCAAGGCUUUUGGAGGCGGAGACUGAUUUGCAUUAUCCAAAGGAUAACGAGGAAUGGCUGAUCCGAUUCCUGCGUCCCUGCAAGUAUUACCCGGAGAGUGCUCGUGAUUUGAUCAAAAGGUACUACUCCUUCAAGGUGAAGCACUCGGAUGUGUACAACAAUCUGAAACCAUCUGGUGAGAUGAACAUUUUCAAUCACAACAUUCUUACUGUUUUUCCCAAUCGCGAUCAAUUGGGUCGUCGCAUUUUGGUCCUGGAACUUGGAAAGCGCUGGAAGCACAAGCAGGUCACCCUGGACGAGGUGUUCAAGGGAGCUGUGAUCUUCCUGGAGGCUGCCAUGCUUGAGCCGGAGACUCAGAUCUGCGGAGCAGUCGUCAUCUUCGACAUGGAUGGCCUUAGUCUGCAGCAGACAUGGCAGUUCACACCGCCGUUUGCCAAGCGUAUCGUGGACUGGCUCCAGGACUCUGUCCCCCUCAGGAUAAAGGCUAUCCACAUUGUCAACCAGCCGAAGAUCUUCAAUGUGGUGUUCGCCCUGUUCAAGCCCUUCUUGCGGGAGAAACUGAGGAGCAGGAUCAUCUUCCAUGGCACCGAUCGCGAGUCCUUGCACAAACACAUGUCGCCCAAGUGCCUGCCGGCCGCCUAUGGCGGAAUCCUCGAAUCCAACCGGAUCGACAGUGACCAGUGGUAUCAAUUGCUUCUCAAAUGCGAUCCCGAAUUCGAUGCCAUCAACUCGUAUGGCUACAAGAAGAAGUGAUAGGGCUUGCGGCGACAUCAAGUGAUAGGGAAUCCCCAAUUUCCAUUACCAAACAUAUCUGUGCGGCACGCAUGCGCACUUUAUUGUUAAGCACCCGAUCUGUUAUACGCUUGUCCUGUUAGAGAAUAGCGCCUAGAGUUUGCCGUAGUCAUAGAUCCUUCGAAGCUUCGAUCGAACCCAGCAAAAGUGUUACACAUACUUAUUACUUAUUAAAGUUAAUCCGGGGUAAGCGUAUUUAUAUCAUACUCUACUUUUAUACAAAUUGUUGAAAUAUAUAAACACGAAAUUUA